AUGCCAGGCAAUAUCGCUACCCCAGAAGAAUGGCGCGCAGCGCGCCUCGCACUCCUCGCCAAGGAAAAGGCGCUCGUCAAGGCACACGAGGAGCUCGUCGCCGAGCGUCAGCGCCUCCCCAUGCUGCCUGUGACCAAGGACUACGCCUUCACCGGGCCUGACGGUCCGCUCUCCCUCAAGGACCUCUUCGGCGGGCACUCGCAGCUCGUCAUCUACCACUACAUGUUCGACCCGGCGUGGGAGGACGGCUGCGACGGCUGCGCGUUCACGCUGGCCAACGCCCCAGACCACCGUCACCUUGCCGAGAAGGACACGGCGCUGGUCAUCGUCUCGCGCGCGCCUAUGGACAAGAUCGCGCGCUGGAAGGCCAGGAACUUCUGGGCCGUUCCGUGGGUAAGCAGCUACGGCGGCGACUUCAACUACGACUACCACGUCACGCUGGAUGAGAAGGUGGUGCCGAUCGAGUACGGCUACCGCAGCAAGGCGGAGUUGGAUACGGCGGGUGUCAAGAACAUUGAGGGUGAGCAGCCCGGCAUCAGCGUGUUCAAGUUGGAGGGCGACCAGGUGUACCACACGUACAGCAAUUUCCAUGCCAUCGACGGCAUCGCUGGCAUCAAUGGCUAUCUGGAACUUACCCCGUCUGGCCGGAACGAGGGCGAGACUCCUUGCGCUUUUAAGCUACCUUGGGAGCUCGCUGAGGAGGCGGCAGGGCACUCGAAACGCGACGAUAUAUUCCAGCAGGAAAUGCUUCUUUGCAGAUCUUGCGUGCCUAUCAUAGGCCUGCUUGGGGCCGUCUCGGCCGCGGUCAUACCCAACAACGACGGCUUCCCAAAGCCCGACACACAGCAAUCACUCUCCCUCGCCAAAGAAGCCGGCGGGCUGCUGCCCAAUGUACCGCUGCCGACCAAGCUAGGGCCGGGGAGCAAGACGACGUUCCAGCUCAUCGCCUUCAACGAGCUCUUCGAGACCGCUUUCUUCGACUCGCUGCUGCAAAAUGUCACUAAGGGCGUGCAAGGCUAUAAAGUCGAGCAACAUGGUGAAAAAAUUACCAAGAUAUUGACGACCGUGCGAGCGCAAGAAGAGCAGCACGCCAUCGCCGCCGUCGCCGCCCUCAAGACCGCCGGCGAGUUCUCGCCCUCCGCGUGCGAGUACCAGUUCCCGACCAGCGACCUCCCCGGCGCCAUCCACCUCGCCGAGACGCUCACCGCCGUUGUCCUUGGCGCGCUGCAGGGCGCCAACGUCGCCUUCGCCAAAGAGGGUCUGACCGUGCCCAUCCAGCUCAUCUCCUCCGUCAUCGGGCAGGAGGGCGAGCAGAACGGCUUCUACCGCCACCUGAUCAAGCAAGUCCCGUCCGAGUCGCCCUUCCUGACCGCCGUGCCUGCCGGCUUCGCCUUCUCCGCCCUGCAGGCCUUUGUCGUGCCCGGCUCGUGCCCGUACCCGCUCUCCAACAUCGACCUGCCGAUCCUCGCGCCGCUCGCGGUCAACGGCGGGCCCAUCGCGGCCAUCGAGCCCAAGGACCAGCGCCUGUCGUUCUCGGCGGACCUGACGGGCGUCAAGAACUGCACGGCGUACAUGGGCGGUGACACCGCGGACAAGCUCUGGCUCACCUACGCGACCGGCCAGCAAAAGCCCAUCUCCGUGCCGAUCGACAAGGUCAAGUGGACCGACAAGAAGAUUGAGUUCGAGGCCGACUUUCCAUUUGAGAAGAAUGUCAUGAUGGGAUUCAGCCACGCGGCGCUGACGACGGGCAAGGAUUUCCAGACAGUUGAUGAUGUUGUUUGCGCGACGCUGGCGGCUCCCGCGAUUAUUCAGGUGGAAAAUACAUCGGACUGUAAGAAGCUGGCGGAGCUGUAA